AUGCCGUUCAGUGCCGACACAAUUAAACCUCCGCUGCAUGACCAAAUAUCGGAGAUGCAGCGCAAAAUCCAGCUACUGGAGGGCGACAGAACCGCAUUCUAUGAGAGCUCUCAGUCCACCAUGAAGAAGAACAGAGAGUCCAUCCGUCAGCUCAGGCAGGAGAACAAGAGGCUGUAUAGAAAACUGGCAGAGGGUGAUGAACAUAUCAUUAAAGUGGCCUUUCAUAACAGAGGCUUGGAGAAGGAUGCCUACCGCAACAUGUCAGGGAAGACGGCCCUGACAACACUAGACCAGAGGGUGUUGACCAAGGUGAAGCGCCUCAAUGCCUUAAAACACACCACUCAGACCUACCAGCAGCGCCUUGAAGAGCUGAAGAUGGAGUACCAGAGAAUGAAACCAGAGGGCAGCAGCGGAGCACAGUCUGCUGAUGCUCGCACUCGGAAAAAAGAGGAAGAUGCCAUGACCCUGCGGGGGCUGGAGAACAGUCUGGAGAAGACCCAGUUUAAGUGCAAGGAGGCUGAGAACAUCAUGACUAACUAUCUGAAACUCAAAGGUCACCUGCAGGAGGAGAGUCUGACUUUCCAGGGCCAGCUGGACAGCCUGGAAGCAGAAAUCCUGAAGCACAGAGACGAGCUCCGCAACCUGCAGGUCAUGAACAACGACGCCCAGCUCUCUAAAGAAGCUGCUAAGGCUGAGUUACAGCAGCAGGAGGAACUGCUCUACAAGGAGCGCAAAGAGAGAGAACGCAUUAUAGCCAGCUACAGGAAAAAAGUUGAGGAGCGCAAGGCCCAGGCUGAAAAAGCUGAUAGAAGGACCCAGAGAACAACUAUGCAGCCUGAUGAAGUGAGCAGUGAGGCCCAGCGCAGCACCACCGGGAUGGCAGGCGAAGAGGAGAAGGCCAUCUCCACUUUUGAGGAGGCCUUCCGACGUAUCAAGGAGGCCACUGGAGUCACAGAUAUACAGGAGAUAGUGCAGCGCUUUAUAUCACAAAAGGAGACACACCAACAUCUGGAGAAUCUGAAGGGAGAGAAUGAGAUGGUCCUGCAGCAGCUGAAGGAGCAGAAGGAGCUCCUGAACCAACAGUUCCAGGAUAUGAAGUAUUCUGGAGAGGCUAAACUCUCCAGUGACCAAAAGAUGCUGGAGGAGCAUCAGCAGCAACUGCAGGCUCAGCAGCAGAGGUACGAUGCAGCUAAAGAGCGCCUGGAUUGGCUUUUUAAAAUCCUCAGUACUAUUCGAGGUGGAGUGGAACACCUGGCCGACAAACUUCAACACAUCACACUGAGUGAGGACGCAGUGGCUAAGGUGUCACCAGACUCAGACGAGUUUGUGUUGGAGCUGACGACCCAGUGUGAGCUCAAGCUGCUGUUACUGCAGGAGGAGCUUCAAGGAAAAGAUCUGGCUGCUAUAAAGAAGGAGAUGGAGGAAGAGGAGUUCUACAUCAGGAUUGAGGGAAAACUGCCGGCUUACAACACCAGAGUCAAACUUCCUGAGGACCAAAGUCUGGACCUCUUCAUCGAUGAGGACGAGAGCGAAGAGGACGAGGCUGACGUCAUCUCACGGGAGGCACUGAAGCGUCAGUCUCAGCUGAUCAUUGACUCCAAGUCCAAGAAGAAGUCCUGGAAGAAGAAGAAGGGCAAGUUCUGAUCCACAACAACACCACAACCUCAAGACUCAAUAAAAACAAACGCUUUGAACCAAAAACUGAUUUAAAUGGAAAAUGAGCUUAAA